CCUCUUUCUCCUAGUUGGUGGGGUUGUUGCCCAAAUCGCCCCUAUACACCAUCAGCCCCUGCCCUUAAACCUAUAAAAACUGGAUUACUUUACAGCCAGUGUCCCACUGUUGUAUUUCCUCUUACCUUAAGUUUCAUUUACUCAGAAGCGACAGGAGGAAACCUGUCCGACCGGAACUACAAACACUGUUGUGAGAACACUUCUGAGACGCAGUUAGCCAGGACGCGCUGUAAAAACUGACAUCGUACAGACAUGGUGGCCACGGUUGGCAGUUUGACUGAGAGUAUACCCGAUGAACAGCAGCAGAAAGCGCCCCUGAGAAUCAUGCUUCUCGGGAAAAGCGGGGUUGGCAAGAGCUCAAGUGGCAACACCAUCCUCGGGCGGGAGGUGUUUGAAUCGGACAUGAAGCUGAAGAGGGUCACUCAACACUGUGAGAAGCACAGCGGCACGGUCAACGGCGUCUCUGUCGCCGGGGAGGUCCGGGACGUGCCCGUCUCCGUGAUGGACACGCCCGGGCUUUUCGAGACGGACCGCAACGAGGCGGUGAUCGUGCGAGACAUUCUGAAGUGCGUCAAACUCCACGAACCGGGUCCUCACGUCUUCGUGCUGGCGCUGGCUGUGGGGAGGAUGACGCAGGAAGAUCAAAAUACCAACAGACUGAUCGAAGAGAUGUUCGGCCCCAGAGUGUGGGACUACACCAUCGUGCUGUUCACGUACGGGGAUCGCCUGGGCCAGAAGAAGAUAAACGACGUCAUCUCGGAGAGCGACGGCAACCUGCGCAACUUCAUACGCAAGUGCAGCGGCGGCUUCCACGUCUUUGACAACAAGAGCCCAGAGGACCAGGACCAGGUGACCAGCUUUGUGUCAAAGAUCGAGACGCUGGUGGCCCUGAAUGGAGGAGGACAUUACGACAACUCCCUGUAUCCCAAAGCGGAGAGGAGGAUCAGGGAAAAACAGGAGAGAAUCCUGGAGGAGCGAAACGACAAGAUCAUUGAGCAGGAGAGAGUGCUGCUGAACCGUUUCCAAGGGGAACAGCUGGAGAAGGAGAAGAACCAGCUGUGGAGAAGAGAGGAAGAAAAAUCAAGAGUGGCUGCAGAGCAGGCGGAGCGCAACUCCUUGUUCAUGAUGAAAUCCAUCGUCUGUGCAAUAGUGGUGGUAGCUUUGGUUCUUCAGCUAUGGAGUCUGUAUCUUCUGAUGGGGAUUCUGAUUGUCUUGUGUUUCGUCUAUUUUGCAAAGACACAUUUUCAGAUAAAUGAAUGGGCAGAGAUGCUAACACUGAGGCAUUGGUGGUAAUCAUGAAUCUCAAGAGUCAUUGCUGGAUCUUCUUUUAGUUUAAAUGGAAUUGAUUUCUUCCGUUAAUUACGAGUUUUUAUUUCUAUAGAUUUCUGUGACGCAGACUUGAUCUACUGUCAUGUAACAAACUUGCUAAUACACAUUGUAUUAUCAACAAGUCAAAAUGUAUUUAUUAUUGAUCCUUGUGGCCAUAAAUCCUCUGGUGGGAGCUUCAUAAGCAGUUAUAAGGGAAAGCAAAAAUAAACAUAAAUAGCGGCCGAUUGGCUGAUUCAGUAACGACUGCCUGUGAUUUCUGGUGAACGUCAAGUUGCAAGGUUCCCUCCAAACAUUGUGGAGGCAUUUGAAGACCGACAGCAGCCCA